UCAUACACUUAUUUUCCACGGCGUCGUUACGUAUAAACCAAUCCUGCUAUAAAUCCUAACCUACCGUCGUAAUGUUACGUUUUGUCGCCACAUUUGAAAUUCGAAUUAGAAGGCUUCUUUGUUCUCUAGGUGAAUAAUGGCCCGUACCAAACAAACCGCUCGCAAAUCCACUGGCGGGAAGGCUCCCCGGAAGCAACUAGCCACUAAGGCUGCAAGAAAGUCUGCACCCACCACUGGUGGAGUCAAGAAGCCCCACCGUUACCGUCCUGGUACUGUGGCACUCCGUGAGAUUCGUAAGUAUCAAAAAAGCACUGAACUCUUGAUCCGCAAGCUACCUUUCCAACGUCUUGUUCGUGAAAUUGCUCAAGACUUCAAGACGGAUUUGAGGUUUCAGAGCCAUGCAGUUCUUGCCCUUCAGGAGGCUGCAGAGGCCUAUCUUGUUGGUUUGUUCGAAGACACUAAUCUCUGUGCAAUCCAUGCUAAGAGGGUUACUAUCAUGCCUAAGGACAUUCAACUUGCUAGGCGAAUUCGUGGUGAAAGGGCCUAAAUAUCAAUUGCUGUUUGGUCAUUUAGCUCGCUGUUCUUGUGCUUCUACUUUUGUCUCUAUUUUGCUAUGCUAAUAUCAAUUACUGAAUGCUUGUAGUUGACUUUCUAAAUGUUGGUAGUUUGUAUAAUUCACUGCUUGUUAAGAUGACAACUAAUAGUAUUAUGCCCUUCUAUAUCAUUUUUCUUGCUUAGUCAUA